UAUGGCGAAGGAGAAACGCUUGCCCCUCAAGUUGUUUUGGCUGCUUGGCUUGUCCCUGUCUUCCCCGCCAUAUUCGUCUGCGCUAGAUUCUACACGACCCGCCGCAUCCUGAACUCCAAGCCAAAGGAAGAUUGGUUUAUCCUCGUUGCAUUGAUAUUCUCCAUUCUCUUCUCGGUAUCUGUGACGAUACAAACAAAAUAUGGGCUUGGUAGGCAUUACGGUGACGUCCCAGACCCCAAACAUACCUACAAGAAGUAUCUGCUCGUUAGCGCUUUUGGAGUCACUAGCACGUAUCCAAUUGCCAACUUUUUCACCAAGCUUUCAAUCCUCUCCUUCUACCUACGCUUUACAACAAGCCGUUGUUUCACUUAUGCCGUCUAUUCCACCAUUGGUUUCGUCUUUGUCCUCAAUGUCAUCGGAGCAACAGGCGUCCUUUACUGGUGCAAACCGAUCAAGGUCUUUUGGACCCAUUGGAACAAAGAUCAAUGUAUGGACAUCAAUAUAUGGUAUGAAUCGCUACUGGGACCCAACGUUGUGGCCGACAUCAUUAUCUUGUUGAUGCCCAUAUGUAUCAUCAGGCCCUUGAGAUGUGAGUUCGCUCAAAAGGUAUCCUGGGUACAGGCGGCUUGUAAACAAUUCAGCGUGCUGGGAGUCAGUCUUUUCCGUUUCAUCUGUGGUCUUCUCGCCAUGGGAGACGGGGACUACACUUGGUGCUUGGUAAUCCACUAUAUCUGGGGGCGAGUAGCCCUUCUAAAACCUGUGGUGGACAUCAGCAACACGGAACUGAACGUCGCCAUCAUAUGCGCUUGCAUGCCCUGUCUAAAGCCGUUGCUCGUACGCCUCUUUCCCCGGACUCGCUGGCUGAGGGCAGUUCCUCGGCCAAGAGACCUGGACACUAUAUCAGAGUACGCUAUGACGGAUCGAGACACUUCAACCGAUGUAGCCGAAAGGCGGAUCGACUGGGCAUCGUUGCGGGCGAGCCACGGUAUGAAGAAUGAUACAGAAGUAGUGUCAACGGACAUGGAUCUGACGUCCACUGACGAACGAGAUUACGGUGUAGUUGACCCAGAAAGAGGAAGGAUAGAGGACCAGAUAUCAGGACAAGCACCAGGCAACAGCUCCGGUAACAACAUCUAG